AGUCAGCAGAGAAAGUAUGUAUGUCGCUAGACAACUGUCCCGCCAUACAUGAUAUGUAGUUGUAUUUACGAGUGUUUGAAAUUCUUGAAGAAUCCAUCUGUGUCCCAUUUGUUUUUUCGAUCGUAAAGUUGUAGUUAUCCCCAUUUGUGUCCCUUAGUUUUGUUCCUCAACGUACGAAAGAUGUUGAAGUUCCGCGACAAGGUGCUCAUCUGCCUUUCGUGGCCUCUGGCCAUGCCGGAAGCGAGGACCUUGAUGCACCUUAGCCCGGAAGGGCCCUAUUCGUCUCCAUCAUCUCCACAUGGUUCGCUGUCUGGUUAUCCAUCAUCUCCUCCUCAGCCUCAGGGAAAGGAGGCUCCUCCUUACGUUUCCCCAUAUGGUGCUGGUGCUGGCCAAGGGUCUCCGUAUGCUCCUGCAUCCGAUGGCCCGCCUUAUCCUGGAGACUCUUUGGCAGCUUCGCCCUCUCGUACGCCUACACCAGCACUUCAAGAAGGAGUAUCAACAUUUGCUGAACAGGGUGAAACAGGAGGAGGAGGUCACGGAGGCGUUGCUAUUCCAGAGCCCAUGGAAGGUGAUGACCUUGAAUUGCUGGCCAAGGGCGUCUCCUCUGGGAGGGGGCAGGAGCCACAAGCGCCUUCUAGUCCCACUGACGCGUUUCAUUCCGAAGAUGAUUCCGAAGCUGGUGAAAAAGAACCUGAGGAUGGACAAGGAAAACGCUUAUAUGAUUCGGAGUUAGAAGAACGCCACGGUGACAGUAAGCCUUUGACGGGGACUGGAUUAGCGGGUGAUGGUGCUGAAGAUGAUCUUACCAAAAAGUUGGAACAUGAAAAGAUUUACAGGGCUACUGAAAAGCUAAUGCUUGCAGGAUCGGGACCUGGAUUUGGUGGACCUGGAGCGAUGCCACCACCUAUAAGACGUGAACUUCUGGAACCAGGAAAGGGAUUCCCCUUUAUGGAACCAGGAAAGGGAUUCCCCUUUAGAAGUUUUGGUGGUCUACGGCCUAAGAUCGGUGGAGAGGGUCCGCCACCUUUUAAGAACCGUGCUGGACAUGAUCCAGAUCUACAAGGUCCGCCGACUGGUGAAGAUAAAGACCCCCCUUUUGGUUUCAGUGGUGCAGGUGACUCUGUACUCCCCUUUGAUGUAUUACAUCGUCCAGGUGUCCUCUUUGGAGGAAUUGGUCCUCCGCCUGCGGUCGGGCCACUACUAUCGGGUGACGUUAUUAAGGCAAUGCGAGAGGUAGCGGAAAAUGCGAAAGUAGUGCGAAACGCGGAAGAAGAAGUGUUAAGGCUACAUGAGUUUCAUCUCAUUAUCAUAGUGAGGACUCUGUAUUUGUAUUUGAAGAGUUGUUGAGAAUCACGAAGGUACUUACCAAAUAUUAACAGGGAUGAUUGUUUACGGUAUAAGCAAUAAGAGACACGUUGAAGUAUAAGUGGAUAAUGAUUACUCACUAAGAUCACUCAGUCAUCUCCUUGAGAAGACUUACUCAGGAGACUUCUCACAUAGAUGACUUGAGUUCCGAUAGUCAUAGUACAAAGGACUAGUGCUUCUAAUUCUUGCUGCAAUGACUGGUCCACCACUCGCAAUGACCGGUCCGUCAAGUGAGCCUCCGCCUCCAGUGUCUCCUGGAGGCUAUGGCGAAAUCUUCGGCAGUGGGGAAUGCUUCCCGCCAGGGCCACUGUCGGAUGAAGAUCUAGCGAUCUCUGCUAAGACCAACGACUGGUACCAAGAACGUCUGGCGAAACAGAAGCACAUGUACGCACCCAUGUGUAGGAAGGUGAAAGAAGGGCGCCGGUUUUUCGUACACGCUUUUUUAUGGACUGACUAAAGAUCCGUGGAUCAUGUUAGGUAUUCAAGUGGGUGGUAAGUUCUGAGUUCUAGGCUCAGACUGUUUUUCGUUUGCUGUAAUUAAAAAGAAUAUCACCCCUUUGGUCUUCUUCGGUCUAUCGUAGUAUUCUUAUCCUCACAACUUCGACAUCAGAGAAAUUCGUAGAACUCAAAGAAGACGCCGGGAGGUCGUAGGUCCAACCCGAACCGACUAACCUCAUCCUUGAUGUUUUGGCUUAAUGUAUUUGAGAAGUAAAAGAUCUCUGGAUGCGACUACUGUACAACAAUCAAUACGGAUACUUGCUAUUUUUAUGGACGAGAACAUGAACAAUGGAAGAGACAAAAAGAAAAUCUAAGAGUCCUAGGAAAACUUCCUGAUCUUAGACCUUUACUACCCUUGUAUCAAAUGAUAGAUUUGGGUUUACUCUCAGCCUACCCCUCAUCCACGUCUAACUCCCGACCAUCGUCGCGUAUUUGGUCUUCGGAAUGUGGCAUUGAUGAUCUACAACAAUCUGUCGGUCACCAUGCUAGGCGACAAGCCAUAUGCAGCGCAUUUGUUGGGGCCGUACUCUGCAGCUAAAACCGUCUACGUGAAUCCCACUGCGGAUGCGAGAAGUCUCGCGCCGCUGCCUGAUGGGGUAAUCCUUUUGCUUUUUGACAUUUGUUGUUGAGUUUGCAGAUCAUUUACAACCUCCAACACUCCAACCUAAAAUUGUCCAGCCAAACAACUGAUGAUUUACACCCACUCUCACCGACUCUCCCCGUAAUCUGAUUUUACUUAUAAUUCUACACGACCCACUCUCAGUCACCUCGACGUCUGACAUUAAAGGACGUCCUAACACCUCUUGCUAGGCACAUUCAUUCAUUCAUUCAUUCAUUCAUCAGUUGCAUAACCCUGGAGACCUUUCACCCCUUUUUCACAUCUCAGUGGCACUACGCAUCACCGAAAUAUCUUGCCGCUUCGCAAAUGCGGACCAAUAAUUUCGAAUCCGUGUGGCAGAUGGCUGUUGGCGAUCGAUUUGACCUGAUGUUUCUGCCAGUCGAAAAGUGUGACGUCGCCAUAGCAGGGACAAAUGACAUCAACACAUCGAUGGCUAAAAACUUCGUUACGCAUGUCAGGUAUUAUAAUACUUAUGAUAACUAGGUGGUGGUAAUAGAGGGGAAGUAGCUGGUGGAACUUGCUUCGCUUUUACGCUGGCCUCCUGAGAAGUACGUUGUAAUUUCUCUAUAAUUUUUGAUGUGCCUCCGUCCCAGUAGUUGAUUUUCUUUUGUUCAAUGCAGCUGAUCGAGUUUCUAAUUCCAACAUUAACAGCAAGCAAACUGACUGUAGUUGCACCACUGGAUACGUAUUUCUUACAUAUAUAGAUACAACUCUUACACAGACAGUAGUUCUUGGUUACUCAUAAUAGACAACUCUUACAUCAAUGCAGAUUGAGUUUCUAAUUCCAACAUAAAAACAGGUACACCCAAAGCCCCUACGUCUACGACGAGAGGAAGAACGAGUUCAAGUUUGAGCCAAACGAGUUGCUAACCCACGUUUUCUACCAUUACGAAAUCAUGAAUCAAAUAGUACGGCAACUGGAGAUGAUCGUGACGACAGCCCGUCUUGUCGUCUUCAUGGAUUCUGACGAGGAUGCCACCCCUGCGUCGCAGAUUUCAACCGACUGGCCGAGUCUGAAGAUGGAUUUUGAGCCUGGCAGCCAGGAGGAGAAGGAAUUUCGGAAAAAAGCGGCUGCUUUCCGACAGGCGUGGGAACCUCUUGUAAAAGCUAAAGCGCGGACACGCAAAGAAUGGAGAGCCUUAGGCUUGAAAAACGUACCAAGGGGAGGAACAGUGCCACAGCAGGCGACGAGAAGGGUAGUUCUUGUUGGUACUCCCGAUGAACGUGGUGGCUCUGGUGGUGGUUUCGUGCCUUCUGGCGCUUUACCUGCGACUCCUCCUGUUCCUGGUGUCAAGUCUGCUGGGCCGUCUGCUGCAACGUCGUUUGCGACAGGUCCGGGACGUGCUGCCUUAGAAGUACCAUCUGCUUCGUCCGGUGCAACAAGACGUGUACUAGGACCACGGGUGGGGGACAACUCGUAUCCAGGUGAAGUGCCUGAAUUCUUACUCCCUGGCCGAGCAUCGCGUCCGGAUGUGGACAUGUCUGGAGCAGCAGAUCUGAUAUCUGAAACAACCGCUGCUCCUGCACAAGCUGCUGACAGUGACGAAAGCUCACCUCGAGUCCUUGUACCGGAGGGUACGGACAGCUUUUUUCUAGGAGGACAGAUGUCGAAUUUCAUAAGGGUGAUAGUUGCAAACUUCGGACCCUCACCUAGUAGAGGUCCCACGCCGUCAAUUUUUCACGAGGCUGAGGCUGCGACUGAAAAUCUUCUUGUCUCUGCAACAGUAUCUGCGUUGUCUCCUGACGGUUUGAAUGCGAUUCUUAGUGCUUCUGGUCAGAGCAGCACUGGUUCAUCUCAAAGUACAGCGAUGAUUACUGCUCUAGCAGCUGCUGGCGUUGCAGCGGCGUCUAAGAGAGUGGAGAUCAUGAUGGGCGGUUUAAGGUCAGGUUUAGUGGGGAGCGACGAUGAUUCGGCUGAAGGUUUAAUUUUGAGCGCACUUGCAGCCAUGGGCUUGCCUGAGGAAGCAGUGACGCUGAUGAACAUCAUCACGGCAACAACACCACGUUUAGUAGAAGGGGCUUCAGAAUCUUCGACGAAAGGUAUGCAAGCGGAAGCUACUCAAGCUUCUACAGGUCGAAGCGCAGAUGUAGGUUUAGCGGAUCCUUUUCAGCUUGGCAGUGCAGCUGCUACGGCAGUAGGAUUACAACCAGAAGGUCUUGA